AAAGUGUGUACUUUACAUUUGACAAUAAAUUCGAAACAAAUACAAAAAUACAUACACCGUAUUAUUAUUAGUAUUGUUAAUGUAUUGUGAAAUUAAAUAUUUAAUGCAGACAAUUUUCAGUGAAAUAAUCUCUACCUUAUAAGUGCGACAACAAGGUUGGCGCAGGUGAAUUUCUCAACCCGGAAAUAAGUUGAAUAAAAAACAAAGGGCGCCGUUAAGGCAAGUCGUACAUCUGGCAAGGUGAUUUGCGAAGCAGAGUCGUCAUGGGGUCAGGGAACAGCGUAGAGGACUUGAAGGAUAAUUUCAAUGAUGUGGUCUCCAGACUGCAGUCCAAGCAGUUGUUCCAGUCCGACUGGGACAUUGUCUUCUUUGCCGUCUUCUUCACCUUCAUCGGUGUGAUUGUGCUGCUGGGAACUCUCAUCCUCAUCCGCUGCUGCUGCUGCUGCCACCAGAAGACCGGGCGAAAGAAAGUUGGCAUAGACAAUUUGUCUCUGGAACCAUGACAACAUUAUUAAUAAAACGUUAAUUACACGUUAAUAACACAAUUGUUUUAGCACAGAGAAUGUGUCUCUGGAACCAUGACAACAUUAUUAAUAAAACGUUAAUUACACGUUAAUAACACAAUCGUUUUAGCACAGAGAAUGUGUCUCUGGAACCAUGACAACAUUAUUAAUAACACGUUACAUUACACGUUAAUAACACAAUAAUAAUUUUGGCAUAGAGAAUGUGUCUCUGGAACCAUGACAACAUUAUUAAUAACACGUUAUAUUGCACGUUAAUAACUGAAUAAUUUUGGCAUAGCGAAUGUGUCUCUGGAACCAUGACGACAUUUUCGCUUCAGUCAGCAAACUUCUUGCAAAACUUUCAAAAGUGAUUUAAAAAAUUUAAAAAAAUUAAAACAAUUGUUGCUCUUCUCUUUCGUGAUUUUUACUCCACAAGAUGGAACUUUGUCAUUUUAUUGGAUCAAAAUAUUUUCUUACACUUGAAUGUCAUUUUGUGAAUAAAUUGUUA